GCAGGACGGGCUCCAGCUGCUCAAGGACAUCAAAAGCACCUUCAUCAGGUGUGAGAACAUCAAAUUCCAGGAGCCCGAGAUGGUGCCCGUGGAUGUGGGGAAGAAAUUCCGGAAUUGUUUCCUGCAGGACGUGGUGAUGAGGAAGAUGGAAAAGGUCUUCAACAAAGUGCCCCAAGCCGACGUGACCCUGGACCCGGCCACCGCCCACCCUCGGCUCAGCCUGUCCCUGGACCGGCGCAGCGUCCGGCUGAGCGAGCGGCGCCAGGACCCCCCCGGGGGGAAUGGGGGGGGCAAUUCGGGAGCCCGGAACCCCCCCGGGGGGCCGGGCCGGGGCACUGGGGGGGACGUCGGCGGCGACCUGUGCGUGCUGGGAGCCCCCGGGUUCAGCGCCGGCCGCCACUACUGGGAGGUGGAGGUGGGCGGGCGCCGGGGCUGGGCCGUGGGGGCGGCGCGGGAGAGCGCCCGGCCCCGCCACAAAGGGGGGUCCGGGGGACCCCCGAAAAGGGAGAUCUGGGCCGUGGGCACCACGGGCAAGAAGUACCAGGCGCUGACGGCCACGGAGCAGACGGCGCUGGCGCCGGGGGAGCAGCCGCGGCGCUUCGGCGUCUACCUGGACUACGAGAGGGGGCAGCUCUGCUUCUACAACGCCGAGAGCAUGAGCCACAUCCACACCUUCCACAUCUGCUGCAGGGAGAGGGUGUUCCCCUUCUUCCGCAUCCUGGCCAAGGGCACCCGCAUCAAGAUCUGCACCUGACACGGAGGGGAGGGGAUGGGAUGGGAUGGGAGAGGCCCCCUCCUGAAAAACAGCCCCUCCUGGGACACCCCCAUCCCUGAAAACAUCCUCCUGUCCCUAAAAACAUCCCCUCCUGGGACACCCCCUGUCCCUAAAAACAUCCUCCUGUCCCUAAAAACAUCCCCUGAAAAAACAGCCCCCUCCUGGGACACCCCCCAUCCCUAAAAACAUCCUCCUGUCCCU